AUGAGCAGCUGGAGGGCAGCCGGGUGGCGGAGGGCUCUGGGGAUUAAGCGGGACUGGCUCUGGAGGGAAGCUGUCGGCCACCGCUCCCCGUGGAGAACCGGUGAUGCCGAGCCGUGGCGGCCGGCGUACACCUGGUCGCGGUUCGGGGGGUGGCGUUGCGGCCGGGCGCUGAUCCGGGCUCUCCCCUCCAUCCGUCCAGGGAAGACGGUGGUGCACCAGCUCUUGGUGUCGCUGGAGGACCUCUACAACGGCACCACGCGCAAGCUGUCCCUCCAGAAGAACAUCAUCUGUAGGAAGUGCGGAGGCUGCGGGGUGCGGGAGGGCGCCCAGAGGAGGUGCCCCAAGUGCCACGGCUCGGGCAUGGAGGUUCGCAUCCACCAGCUGGGGCCCAGCAUGAUCCAGCAGAUCCAGACGGUGUGCUCCCAGUGCCAGGGCCAGGGCGAGUGGAUCCGGCCUCGGGACUGCUGCCUCACCUGCAACGGCCGCAAGGUCGUGCGGGAGAAGAAGAUCCUCAGCGUUCACCUGGAUAAAGGCAUGAAGGACGGGCAGAAGAUCACCUUCCACGAGGAAGGGGACCAGGUUCCCGGCCUGGAGCCCGGGGACAUCAUCAUCGUCCUGGAUCAGAAGGAACACCCCGUUUUCCAACGCAGCGGUGACGACCUCAUCGUCAAGAGAGAGAUCAGCCUGGCAGACGCCCUGUGCGGCUGCCGACAGGUCAUCCGCACCCUGGACAACAGGACCCUGCUCGUCUCCUCCCAGCCAGGUGACGUUAUCCGCCCCGGGGACCUGAAGUGUAUCCCCAACGAGGGGAUGCCCGUCUACAGGAGCCCCUUCCAGAAGGGAAAACUCAUCCUGCAGUUCCAGGUGAAGUUCCCUGAGCCCGGCUGGCUCCCCACCGACCGCCUGCGCCAGCUCCAGGCCUUC